AUGGCUGCUAAUCAGAUUCCUUGGAUAGUACGGUCAAUGAUUGUUAGUGUUGGCAGACUGGAACUAUGGUAUACCCAGGAUGACAAAAUCAUGGGAUCUUUAUCGAAUUUUGAUAUGAGAUGCGAGCAGACCAGAAAUCUGAGAGUGGAGGGUCCCUUAGGGCAUGAUUCAUCGAGCUCCAAUGAAGUCGAUGAGACGUCGGACGAAACUUACCAGCUUUAUCUCAACCUUGAUGGCGACGAAGUGGGACAGUUUUCUUGGUUCAAUCAAAGGGCCAAUGAUCCUAUUCACUUGGUGUUGGAUAGGAUGCUUAUUAAUGACAAAUGGCUGGAAUCAUUUCCUACUUCUAGAUAUGAGGUGCUCCCUCCUUCUUGCUCGGAUCACUCUCCCAUUGUCCUCCACAGUAAUCAGUUAGCAAAUGGGAAUCAUCGAUUCCUUUUCAAAAACUUUUGGACUAAGCAAGAGGGUUUUUGGGCUGAUCUUAUGGAUAUUUUCUCACAGCCUAUCAGAGGAAAUCCCAUCUUAGGGCUCUAUAACAAGCUAAAGAAAUUUAAGGAGAUUCUUAAAGGUAAAGAUUGGACAAACUCUUCUCUUUUGUCUUCUCAAUUCAACUCUCUCAAGGAACAACAAUCUUGCUGUUUGGUUUUACUUAAUAAUGACUCUCAAAACUUAGCUUUGAAUCAAAGAUUCAAAGGUAUUAAUGCUCAACUUGCAGACUGUUCUACUUCUUGGACCAAUUGGAUGCUUCAAAGGGCAAAAAUCAAUUGGCUUUCUCAAGGGGAAGAUGACUUGAAAUUUCUUUAUGCUAGAGUAAGGAGGAGGAAUAUUUGCUCUUCUAAACUGGUGGCUUGUGAUGAUCCCAAUGAUAGGAUUAAUAUGGUUAACUAUAUUAUUGAACAUUUUGAGAAGUUAUUUAAUGCUCCUAAACCAGUCGGUUGCUGUGAUCCUCUGCCUAUUUCUGAAGGUAACACCAUUCCUUCACAUCUCUCUUCUACGCUCAUUGCUCCUAUUACUGAUGAAGAAAUAAAGGUUGUUAUCUUUCACGGGAAUUCCAACUCAACUCCUGGACCAGACGGGUUCAAUUUUGAGUUUUAUAAAUCAACUUGGCUUAUUACGGGUCCUUUGAUUUGCAAAGCGGUCAAAUCUUUUUUCUCCAAAGGUUAUCUUCCCAAGUUUGUUAAAGCUUCGGCUAUAGCUCUUUAA